UCCCUCUCCCGGAGGAUCCUGGCGAACCUAUCCCCAGUUUUCGCAGAUGGAUUGUACCUCCAACUCCCAAGUACGAUGUUCUCUUUUCUUGCCUGUGCCCGUCCGUCCAUGUCAUUGUCACGCCCGCAGCAACAUUACAGAUGUGGUGGAGUGACGCUCAUUGGUAGAUUCGACAGAGUUUGAUUUCAAAGCUCACUUCGCGUCGGUUGUGGAAGAGCCCUCCCACAGCUCUCGGGGAGAGUGAAGAGGCGUGACCAGUAGCACAUAAAACCUCCCGAUGGUACAUGCGGCCCAUCACCUUUCUCUUCUUCAUCUCAUCAAAUCUUCAGUCACUCUCACGACACCGGUCCGCAUUUGCCGAAUAUUGUCCCUUCAACGCCUAGAACGCGCGCCAAUUCAUCAUAGAAUUCGUCAUUUUUCACAUACAUCCCCAAUGGAGUCUCACGACGCAAAGCCUCUCAUCAUCAACAAGGGAGCGCCAGGUAUCUCGUACUUCACGCCCGCGCAAUCGCCCCCCUCGGGCUCAGCCAAGAAUCCCCAGUCCGAUGGCAGUGCCAUUCCCAAGCUCUUCCAGCCUCUGACCAUUCGCGGGGUGACUUUCCAGAACCGCAUUUUUCUGUCGCCCAUGUGCCAGUAUUCGGCCCAAAAUGGCUAUUUGACUGACUGGCAUGUGACUCACCUUGGCGGCAUCAUUCAGCGAGGACCUGGCCUCGCUAUCAUCGAAGCGACAGCAGUCACCCCCGAAGGUCGAAUCACCCCCGAGGACAGCGGACUCUGGGAAGAUGGGCAAAUGGGCCCUCUGAAGAGGAUCGUCGAGUUUGCGCACAGCCAGAGCCAAAAGAUCGGGAUCCAGCUGGGUCACGCGGGUCGGAAGGCUAGCACUGUUGCCCCUUGGCUGAGUAGGGGCGAUACCGCGCAGAAAGAAGCCGGCGGCUGGCCAACUGAGACACUUGCCCCAAGCGCCAUCGCCUUCCAGGAUACCUACCCUGAUCCUAAUGCUCUGACGCUUGAGGGCAUCCAAAGAAUCAAGAACGCCUUUGUGGCUGCUGUCAAGAGAGCCGUCGAAGUUGGGUUCGACGUCAUCGAGAUCCACGGCGCCCAUGGCUAUCUCAUUCAUGAGUUCCUUAGCCCAGUCAGCAACAAGCGAACCGAUCAAUAUGGUGGAUCUUUUGAAAAUCGAACACGAUUGGCCCGAGAAAUCGUCGAGGCCACGAGGGCUGUCAUUCCCAAAGAUAUGCCUCUCUUCUUCCGAAUCAGCGCCGACGACUGGCUCAAAGGUCAAGACGAAUUCCCAGAGAGCUGGACAAUCGAAGAGACAAGCAAGUUCGCCGUCAUUUUGGCUGAAUUGGGCGUGGACCUUCUCGAUACCAGUUCAGGCGGCAUCCACCCGGCGCAACAAAUCAAGGGCGGGCCGGGCUAUCAAGCUCCAUUUGCACUGGCGGUGAAGAAAGCGGUCGGAGAUUCUUUGCUUGUGGGAACUGUUGGUUCCAUCACAACCGGAACUCUGGCCCAAGAACUUCUCGACCAAGGCCUGGACGCCGCGUUAGUUGGACGGUAUUUCCAGAAGAAUCCCGGCCUGGUUUGGACCUUCGCAGAGGAACUCGGUGUCGAGAUACAUGUUGCAAGCCAGAUAUCGUGGGGUUUCCAUGGCCGCGCGGGUGGUAAAGGCAAGCAGGAGCUGAAGUCGGCUCGGUAAAACAGGUAUCAGUCUGAGUGGCGGUACAUUGAAGCGAAGGCGUCUGGGUGGUGUCUGCGUCUGUUCACAGGCGCGUAGAAGAGAAACAUCUGUGUGUAGGACGAUAGCUUGGUUCAAAUAGAAUUGUUGCUCACACCAGUCUCCACGAACUCCAGGUCGUGACCUAUACGC